UAACACGAAUGGCACGAGGGGAAAAGGUGUGUUAUUAUGGUAGGGAUCACAGUUAAAGCUUAGCCCGAUUUGUGGAUCUAUUUUGGGCUACUUCUUAUUUUAGGUUUCCAAUAAUAAAUGAGUAAGUCAUUUACUUGUUGUGUGUAGGCCUAGCUAACGUUGUAGCUAAAAGUUGCUCAGACAAGACCCUCAAACAGCCUUUUUUACGUUUAAUGGAUCCAGCCAUCGGGUGGUUUCAGCCAGAACAGCGUGGACCAGCGUCGGAACUGUGGUCUAGGAUUUGGGAAGCGCAGCAAGGGAUAGAAAAUAUGGAUCUUAACAAUCGGUGUUCAACGAAGCCAGGGGACUAUAUUUCUUUAAAUGGAAUUGGCCUAAAUAUAUUAGACAAUAAGAAAGUUUCAGAUGCAAAAUCAGAAUAUAAUAACACACCGGACAAUUCCUCUUAUAACCGUCCUAAGAGGAAAAGAGAAAAUAGAGCGAGUACGUUUGAUCUGAACAAAAAUGCUCACUUGAUAAAACAAUAUGGCGGAACUCCAUGGCGAACGAAAGAUAAAAACUACACGCAUGGAAUUAUAGGCUUGCACGAAGAAAUCGAAAACUUUUACCAAUACAUGAUGCCAAGUCCUGAGGAGCAUCAGAUGAGGAUUGAUGUGGUAGAAAGAAUAAAGCAAGUAAUCACAUCCUUGUGGCCUCAGGCAAAGGUUGAGAUUUUUGGAAGCUUCAGGACAGGACUCUAUUUACCAACCAGUGACAUCGACUUAGUUGUGAUAGGCAAGUGGGAGAGCUUACCAUUAUGGACCUUGGAAAAAGUUCUGGUGGAAAGUAAUAUUGCUGACCCCUUGUCAGUAAAAGUGCUUGAUAAAGCUUCCGUCCCAAUUGUUAAACUCACAGAUGCCAAGACAGAUGUGAAAGUAGAUAUCAGUUUCAAUAUGAACAAUGGAGUGAAAAGUGCCCAACUAAUCAAAGAUUUUAAGAAAAGAUUCCCCAUCCUUCCCAAGCUGGUGUUAGUCUUGAAGCAGUUUCUUCUUCAGAGAGAUUUGAAUGAAGUUUUUACGGGAGGAAUUAGCUCAUACAGUCUAAUACUUUUAACAAUCAGUUUUUUACAGUUACACCCCACAUAUGACCCCACCUGUCCCACAACAAAUCUGGGUACUUUACUUAUAGAAUUCUUUGAACUGUAUGGUCGACAUUUCAACUACUUCAAAACAGGAAUCCGUAUCACAGAUGGGGGAGCGUAUGUGGCCAAGGAAGAAGUGCAACGGGGAAUGUCUGAUGGUUCACGACCAUCAAUAUUAUGUAUAGAAGAUCCCCUAACACCAGGAAAUGAUAUUGGAAAAAGCUCUUAUGGUGCUCUAAAUGUUAAAAGAGCAUUUGAGUAUGCUUAUCUUGUCCUCACCAAAGCUGUUUAUCCCCGUCCAAUACAUUGGUUAGAUACUAAGCACAGCAUACUGGGAAGGAUUGUCCGUGUAACCGACGAGGUAGUAGAGUAUCGACAGUGGAUAAGUGAAACAUUUCCCCUCAGUGAACGUCAUUCUGAAAUAAUUUUAGACUCUCCUCCUGUGUCCCCAAAGGUGCAGGUUUCCAUUCUUCACCAAACACUCGACAGUGUGAAUAAUCGUAGAAUACAAAAAUUUGAAACACAAGGGACCAAUGACAAUGAACGAUGCCCUGUUGUAUACCUUGAUAGUCAGUCAUCUGGCUCUUCAUCAGUAUGUAGUACACCAGCAAGUUCUGGGUCCAGCAUUAGCAGUGAUACAGAUUCUGAAGCCCUUGGUGACCCAGGUCAACAGCUUACCAACAGAACAAAACCUUCCCUUGGACAGCAGUUAGUAGGGAACCAUAUACUUCCUAGUCAGUCAGCCAAAGACACCAAGGGGCAGCACAAUUGGACACCACAGCAAGCACAAGUCAGUAGAGGCCCUUUGACUAACACACAGUUUUUAGAAAAAGGUGAGAAGUCCACAUUCCAUUGGCCUAAGCAACGUCAUUUAUCAAAUCCAGUUGGUGCUCCACACCAAGGUUAUUCUUGUCCUGCCACACUUGGGAAUCAGACAGGUUACUAUGGGGGAGGUGGAGGACAGCGCUAUCGUAGUUUCUCCAACAAAAGAAAGAAGAGUAACAACAAAAAAGAUAACUGCAACAACUCAAACAAAUGAUCUCAAUUUCAAGUAGAGCUUUUGUUACUGCCAAAUUUCAAUUGUUUAUAGAAGAAAACACAGUGAAACAUGAUCAACUGCAUAAUUUUGACCAAAUCUGAAUGUUCCCAAGAUCUAUAUAGUGGAUCACCAUUAAAUAGAAAGGAUUUGUGUGUGUGUGUAUCAUCAACAUUUCUGUUAAUUAUUAUCAUCAUCACAAAAGUAAAACUUCCUAUACAUAUACAAAAACUGAUACACCAAAGGUUACUCAUCUCAGUUAACCAAGCAUUAUGUUUGAUUCAGGUAAUGUGUUGUUUCAUCUUUGUUUUUGCACUUGCAAAAUAUACAUAUUUAGACUCCAUAAAGUAACUGCUGUCUGUGUUACGUAUCUACCAUACUGUUAGUGGACUGAUCUGAUUCUGAAUGUUUUUCUUAGGCAUGUGAAAUUAGAUCGAUAAAGAUGCAGCAAUUCACAUGAUAGAAGUGCUUUGAGAUCCAUUUUUUCCCUAAAUAUUUUUUUUAUUUAUACUCAUCUGCUUAGUUGUGUUCAUUUUUUUGUGUUUUUUGAAAUUGUACAUAGCCUGUAUGUACAUAAAUCUGUAAAUAAUGCAUUACAGAACAUUCGUUGGAUGACAAGGGAUCUGUAUUAUGGUACACGUGCUUUAAAAAGAGCAAAAUGUUUAUACUCAUUACUACACCUUAAAAUAUAGGGUGCACAAGCACUGGAGAAACAUAUAAAUAACCAAUUACUUUUCUCAUUUGUUUUCCUAACAUAAAACUAUGUAAGAAAGCAAUACAAUAAAACAAAAUUAAAGGAAACACGCAAGUUAAAUUUAGCAUUUUAAAAUGCUAUGACAAGAAAAUAUAUAUAUGUAUAUAGAUGAGAUGCAUGUAUGGGUAUAAAACGAAGACUUUGAAAUAGGAUAUAUAUAUAUAUAUAUAUAUAUAUAUAUAAUAAUAACUAGAUUAACAAAGGGGGGGGGGUAUACCUGAGAUCAUUUAUGUAUAUAGAUGAGAUGCAUGUAUGGGUAUAAAACGAAGACUUGAAAUGGAUAUAUAAUAAAUAACUAGAAUUACAAGAGGGGGGGGGUAUACCUGAGAUCAUUUAUCAUAAAAGAAAGCCCUUACUUAAUUAUUAUCUAAAGUUUGAGAAAAAAAAAGUUAUCAGUGUUAUCUCAAAGUCAUUUAUCAUAAAGUUGGUUGCAAAUUAACUAACAUGUGUUUGAAUUUAUUUUUUUAAUUUAUAAUGUCAGUAAAUUAACAACAACAAAAAAAUUAACUCGCUCAGGUUUUGAUCUUCAUGAUCAAUAUGUAUUGAGCAAUCUUUCAACCUCUUGUUUAGUCUGAAGUUGGAUCCAAAGAAGGAUUUGGAGUUUGAAUAAAUAAAUAUUGAAUGUGAAAAUAAAAACUUUUAGGUUUUAGUAAUUGCUUGAAUUAUAAGAAAAUAUCUAUCAGUUAGGUUUUCCACAGCAAAAAUUCAGAACAGAGUACAACAUGAACUAAUCUAAUGAGGGCAAAUUAGAGAAAUCUAAAGCAACAACAAAGAAAAGUCUAGAAUUGUUUAUCAGUAACAGAAGUUGUCUCCUGACACUAGUGAAAAAUGAAAUUUUAAAUCAGUUAUAGAACUGUUUUCAAUACUUUUGUUCAAUCUAGUUUUUCAUUGCCAUAUGAUGCAUUUGGUUUCAAAAUUGCUAUUAGUUAGGGAAUAUUUCUUAUUAAGUAUUUUUGCCCUAUGCAAUGUGUGUAAUCACUUUUUCUCGUAAUAAUUGAACAAGUAUAAGUAGUCAAGGGGGGGGGUGGAGUUCAUACUGCAACAGAUGUGAUUUCAUUUAUUUUCUCAUUUGCAUACUAGUAAUGAAAUAAAACCUUUUAAUGAUAAUUAUAGCUUGCUUUGCAAAUGCUGUGUAUCUUCUUUUGUUUAUCAACAACAUAUGGUUUAAGUCAAAUUAAAAUUAUUACUAUUAAUCAUUAUGUCUUGAUUUAUAGAAUAUUAGGUUAUUUUACAGUGUAGAACAUAAUCGUAUAUCCACUCAGUAUUAUACAGAGAAGUGAAAUGAUUAAGUUUUAAGUAAUAUGCCUCAUUUUGUUUUUGUGACCAAUUAUCCACUCAUUAUUUUGUAAUAUUAUCACAAAUGAAACUGUUCUUUCUUUUUUUAUCCAUGUCAUAGCUGUACUAAUAUUAAAUUGUUUACUGUAAAGCUGCCAUUUAUUAUUUUGUUUCUUCACAUAGAAAAAAAAUAUUUUAAUACUUAAAGAAGAAUAUUGUGCAUUUCUGCAUAUAAAUGAUACAAAAAAAUUCUAGUGUUGUGGAUAUAUAAUUAUGAAAAACCUUUCAUUUUAAUUCCUUGAGUAUGUGCGAUUUCCAGCCAAAGUAAAAAUGAUUUAUUUGAUUUUAAUAUAUAUAUAUAUAUGUGUGUGUGUGUAUAUAUAUCCUAAGCAGACCUAAGUCAUGAAUUCGUCUUUCAUUUAUAGCAUUCCAGUAACUUGUGUUUGUCUAUACCUGGAAUUAACACGUAUUAUAAUAAACCUAAAAUUUAGCAUUGAUUGAAAAUUAGUGCAAAAAAAAACUAAAAUAAACUUGAAAACUACAAAAAAACUUAUUUGGGUAUGUUUUGGAAACAACUGUAGUAUUUAAGUCUCCAAUUAACUUUUUUUUUCUUGGUCUUCAGUAUUUAACUAGAAAUUAUGUGUAGAAUAUUUUAUUUCUCAUGUAUGGCAAACUCUCUUAAAAACUUGCACGUGUUAGUCAUUUAAGUUGAGCUGACACAGAUUAAUAUAAUUUAAAAGCUACCCUGUCUUAAGUGAGCCAGUAAAGGCAAAUAACACAUGUUGAGAGUCUUAAUUUAUUACAUUGAACCCUACAUAUGCUCGUAGGAUAAACAUUUUUUUUAAAUAUUUUAUCUUCUUUGGAUCUGAAUCCGAGAUGUAUUACUCUUUUAAACACAUGUAUUUAUAAAUGUUGAAAAACACAGUGUGAUUUAUCAAUCAUGUUACUAACAGUGAAUGUGGUGUUUCUAAUGUCUUUUAUUCACCACAGUAAUGCAAUGUUCAAUCACAUUUGUCAGCUAAAAACCUUUGAAAAAAAUUACCUAAUUCAUUAGUGUGAGUUUUAGUAGUAAUCAGGGGGCCUUAUUAUAUCUGUGGAUGAAUGUACAGUUUGUUUUGUUUUUUUUAUUAAACUUACUUUCAUGCAUAUACCUUAAAUUUGAGAGAUGAUGGUAUUGAUAAAUUGCAUUACUCAAAAAUUCCAUUCUUAUUUAAAUUUGUCACAUACAUAUAAGUAUUGGUAGUAACUAAAGUUUUAUGUAUAGCCAAGAAUGUAAUUUUGUUCUUAUUGUUGUAUAAAGAUAUUAAAAUGUUCAUUUCAAAAAAAAAACUAAGGACAAAAAAAAGUUGAAAAAUACAGAUUAAAAAAAAAGUCAUCUUUGUCUCAAAAUAGUCCAUUUGUGCUAUUUUACACUGUUUUUAACUUCAUUAUCUGGAUCAGCAUUUCCCAAAAGUGUGGUCCACGACCUGGUGCUGGUCCCCAGAAAACUAAAAAAAUUAAAUUAAAUUUUUCACUGCCAACUGCCAUUUUAAACUUUCUCGAAGCCUUUGUUGUGUAUUAAAGAAAAAUAUAAUUAAGCCAGUUAAUAAAAUUAAUAUUUUCAUUUCAUCUAAGUAGGAUUUCUCAGUAUUUCAAUUAAGCUAAUAUAACAGUAAGGAAAAGUGAAAGUUUGUACUUGAGGCUAUAAAAACUAUACAGUUCUCAAUUAGUGCAAAGGUAAAAAUUAUUUUGCGAUGGUCACAAGUGUAGAGAAAUUAUGCACACUUCCUUUUUUUGUGUAACCUAA